UCAAUUCGAGGAUUUUUGUUUGUUUUUCUGCUGCCUCUUGGUGCCUCAGAGUGCUUCCGGAACUCAUAUGAUCCUCAUGAGCUUCCCACACAUGGAAGCACUGACCUCCAUCUCAGCACUUUCUAUAGGCAAACAUUGCAAAAUGCUGGGUACGUAAUGCAUUUCUAGGGAGUUGCAUAGGACGAGAAGCACGCCCUUUGUCUCCAAGAUCAUAAUGGCUCUGCUGACUUUAAUUCCUUUCACUGGAGUUAGUGAGGACAACUCGAAAAUGCCAGAGAGAAUGAGAGCCCCCUACCCCAUGAUCCCAAAUGAAAAAGCAAGAGAACACAGAAAUCCCUUUACGCAUUACCCCCCAGGUCCCCUUUGUGCUGUUCUUGCCAACACAGCAGCCAUCCUGCUAUAUAUAUGUCAGCUGCCACUCCUGUCCUGAUCACACUCAACACUGACCAUCUGCUGUCAACAACGAUGGGAAAGAUCACCUUCUACGAGGACCGCAGCUUCCAGGGCCGCUGCUAUGAGUGCAGCACCGACUGCCCCAACCUGCAGACCUACUUCAGCCGCUGCAACUCCAUCAGAGUGGACAGUGGCUGCUGGAUGCUCUAUGAGCGCCCCAACUACCAGGGCUACCAGUACUUCCUGAGGCGUGGGGACUACCCUGACUACCAGCAGUGGAUGGGCUUCAGCGAUUCCAUCCGCUCCUGCCGCUCCAUUCCUUAUACCAGCUCUCACAGGAUAAGGCUGUAUGAGAGAGAUGAUUACCGGGGCCUUGUGUCUGAGCUUACAGAAGACUGCUCCUGCAUCCAUGAUCGCUUCCGCCUCAAUGAGAUCUACUCUAUGCACGUGUUAGAGGGAUGCUGGGUUCUCUAUGAGAUGCCCAACUAUCGAGGCCGGCAGUACCUGCUCAGGCCUGGAGACUACAGGCGCUACCAUGACUGGGGAGCUAUGGAUGCCAAGGUCGGCUCUCUGAGACGGGUCAUGGAUGUGUACUAA